AUGGCGAUAUGGCCAUGGAAAAAACGGUCAAAGACCAAUUCUGGUGACAAGCGACCCACAAACGGUAUAAAUGAUGAACCUCAUGCUAGGUUUGAUAUAUCGACACGACCUCGAUCCCCAUCAAUUCACAGCGUUUCUAAGUCUAAACGGCGAAAUGAAACUCUCAAGUCCAUUAGGAGGGCUGCCUCACAAAGGAAAAAUAAAAUGUUCAAACCCGCGCAAGCGGGCCCAUCGACACCUACAUCCAACCUUCGCGAGGUGCAAGUAGCAUCGCCUGCGCCUCCUCCUCCUCCUCCUACAGAACCAACGCAAAGUCCAGUCGCACAACUGCAAACUCCGGUUCAAACCCCUCCACCGUCACAGGCAAGAUUUACUCCGGCGACCCCUGAGAACCUGAACCGUCGUUCGAAUUCGUCAGCGUCAUCCAAUCGCCCUAGAAAGCGAAAUCUUCUCAAGAAAGCACCAACUUUUCCUGCUGACUAUCCUUCCCCAUCACCCGAUAAAGACCAUCCCAGGUUAUUCCGCUCGUUCUCUAAAAGAUCACAGAGGGGACCUGAUAGUAGAUUCCGCCCAUUCUCGCGCAAGGAACAAAUUGACCGCCCUCUGUCGGAGUUGUCAAUGCGAACGCAAGAGUCCUUGCAUUCAAUCAUGACGUCGCAGUCGCAGAAUUCUCCAUUCCGUGCGUUCAAGGUCCGAAGCCUCGAUGUGCUCUCUCCACGGCCGACACUUCGUUUCGCGUCGAACCCACACGCUGGCGAGAAGAUGCCGGACUAUCCAUCAAACCACGAGAGGAAGUCGUCAAAGUCCGGUUGGAGAAAAGAUCGCCAAUCGCCGAUCGUAGAGGAAUCGCAGACGUUUAAGCGAAACCUAGUAUAUGGUUUAGCUGACGAACUGGAUUCACGUGGGAUUCGUGAAGCUUUGGAGAGAGACACCCGAAGGCGAGAACGGAAACAAAAAGAGGAUGAAGCAAAAGCACAAGCAAAGCUCGAGCGAAGGGCUGCGAAACAAAGGGCUGAUGAGGAACAGAGGAACACGGUUAAUGCAUUUAGGAAAUCCCAAGGCCAGCAGAUAGAGAACAGCCAGGCUGGGCCCUCUCGACUUGCCGGCGCAGAAAGGAUAACGAUACCAACUGCGCCCAUCCCUCCUCAUGAGCAACCAAGCCCUCGUUCUCCCAAUUCCGGGACUCAUACUCCGAUGUCCUGGCUCCACGGCCCCUCUCAAGAAAACCUUCAUCUUCAGUUGCCCAUCCAACCGCCGUACAGCAGUGGCGCUUCUUAUAAAUCCGAAAACGACACACCUGUCGUGGAAACUGCGACCGCUAUCCGGCUCUCGGGCUAUAGCACAGCGUCGCCUCCACCAUCACCUACAAUUAUGCGUGGCCAACUUAUUGACCAUUCUCCAACCCAUUCAAGAAAGAUGUCCCGCGACCAAACUAUUCUCGAUAAUAUUCCAGAUCCAGAGGAUAGACCAGACAUCCCAGCUUCGGAGAAUGCUUGGAUGACUUUCUUUCGAAGGGCUACCGCGGCGCGAGUUCAGAGAGAGCACGAAGCGCAGCAACAAGCAUUACACGGACGAGAUGAGCUUGGGGAUACACAUGGACAUGAUGAAGGCUCUCUUACGAACGGAGGGAGCACAGUGCCAACUGGUUCCUCUAGUAUGCCUCGUACUUUCUUGCAAUCGCCCACACCCAAGUCUGCAGGGUCAAGAGUCCCGAGCGAUCAAUAUCUACCUGAUAUGCCUCUUCCCCGGCACUCGCAAAUCGCAAUUCCAGUUCCUCACGAUUACACACAGGAAGAAGUCCAAAGUGAAAUUAGGAUGGCUCCCCUAAGUCCAUCCCGACUAGGGCAUUCCAGCUCACUAAGCCGAAACCUUUCCGAAGCGAGGCGACCUAGCAAAAGGGUAAGCGGGAAGGCGCCAUGGUCUAGCCAGGGCGAUAUAACCGAUCGAUAUGCAUCCAGUCAUUUUUCAGAGACAUCAAGCAGACAAUCCUUCGGCCAUGAACGAAUUAGAUCUAUGGCAUCGAUCGAUUCGGAAGGCUCCUGGCUGUCCGGAAGGCUCACAAACCCCCCAUCGGCGCGGCGCAUUCCCUCGCUAAGGGACAGUGCAGCAUCCCUUAAGCAUCAGUAUCACGAUAUAAAAGUUCAUGAAGACAGGCGGGCUUCUACUGCCGACGACCAAUUCUUCUCCGGCGUUCAAGACGCCGAGUCUGAUGAGGAUGAAAGAGAUAUCCUUAACAGCUACCUCGACGAUGAUGUUUCGAUCAGAGGCGGGCCAGCAGGAACUUUGCAAUACACUUCUCCGCCACACAGCCCAACGUCGGACCACGGCGAUGAGAGCGAUACUGACCCCUCGGUCGAUCAAUACCUCUGGCGGGAUGGACUCGGACGGCAGCCGUUUGUGACCCGUGUUGAUAGCAGCUUCGUACGAAAGCGUGAGGAGGUCGGAAGUCUUGAGGACGCUAGUUCUCUAGACGAAGAUAGUUUUUCCCAUGUUCCAAUGGCCGCCGAGCUGAUUAUUGAAGACAAUGAUGGUAACAUGAUUGUUCCCGAUCGUCGAAGAAAUAGCCCAAGCCCAACUUUGGGGAAGCAUCACCAAAGCAAACUUCAAGCUGCUAAUGGCGCAACACCAUUUCUCAGUUCAUAA